UGAAAUGCCCAUCCAACGAAUUAUGCUGGACUUGACAUGUGUGGAUAAGUUUUGAAAUAACCAGGAGUACUAUGUAGUUGUUUAUCCACUUCUCACAGCAAUGGCUGCUGAUCUGCACCUUCCUUCUCACAACUUCAGUAAAGCUUCAAUGUUCUCCUCUCCUCUGCGCCCCCCUUUGAAUUAUACAAAACCAAACAGUGCGCCAAGCUUUUCUGCAAAUUCCAAUUUCAGCAAGCUCAGAUUGAGGGCAGUGAAGGAGAAAUCAGAGGAUAUCAAGUCUCAGACAUCUGCAGAGGAAGUCGUCAAGAAAUAUGGUCUAGAAGCAGGUCUAUGGAAGAUAUUAAGUUCAAAAGAUGAAAAAAACCAAGGAAACAAGUCGAAAGGGAAGGAAGCUAAGGAGCUAUUGGCGAAAUAUGGAGGAGCCUACCUGGCUACCUCCAUCACUCUCUCCUUGAUAUCCUUCGGUCUCUGCUAUGCGUUGAUCAAUGCCGGAGUUGAUGUCCAAGCAUUGCUACCGAAGGUCGGGAUUUCAUCAAAUGAGACGGGGGAGAAAGUUGGGACAUUCGCAUUGGCUUAUGCUGCCCACAAGGCUGCAUCCCCGAUUAGAUUUCCACCGACUGUUGCUCUUACUCCCAUUGUUGCUCGCUGGAUUGAGGGAAUGAAAGUUGAUAAAGAGCAUAAGUGAUCACAUUUAUUCUUGCAUAAUGUAAAUAAAUAACAUCUUGCGUUGUAUUCACUCCCGUUGUUAAUCGCAUAUAUUUAUGUAAUCGGUUAUAUUUACUAGCUUGCGUUGUGUCAUUCUUUUUUGC